GGACUUUUCCGCCGAUGAAAAACACUGUGUACACACCGUUUAUCUAUCGAUCAAUUAACAGUUGUUGUGUGUGGUUCGGAGGUAUCAAAAUGUAAAUAUAAACUUUAAAGGCCAUAUGGGAAGGUUUAUGUAAUUGUCUUCCAGGCGGAAAAAUGAAGCAUCAUAAUGGAGAUUGGUAUACGAACACGGCGGAGGCAAAAGGGCAUUGUUGCUAUGUUUAACGGGAUUGAUUUGCUACAAGUUACUACACGAUUUUCACAGGACACGAGAAAAUAAAACCUCCGCAAACCAUCCAUAUAACAAAAGAGACAACAUAACUCGGAAUGUUUUUGUUCCGAAGCAAGAAUUAUUGUCUGUCCGGCAUUCAAUAGAUAAAGCAAUGACAAGCUUUAGGGGAAUAGACGCUUUAACGGACUACUGUAAUUCCCCAAAUAAGCAGACUGCAGGAGAUGAAGGUACAUUUUCUUCAGGCUUCAAACUGAGGAUGGUCCACAUUUUCAUUCGCCAUGGUGAUAGGACAUCGAUUCAUCGUUUCCCAGGGUACAAACCGGAAACUUAUAAUUGUGAAUUCAGCACGUGGUACACAGGGAGUAAUGAAAAAUUUAGAUCAUUCCCACAACGUAUGGAAAAAUAUCCAUCAGAGAAGCGGAGGAAAAAUCCAUUUCUUACAUGGCCGCAGUAUCCAAACCAGAAAACGUGUAAGGAUUCUGUUUUGACAAGCAGGGGAGCUUUACAACAUUUACAGCUUGGACAACACUUAUAUGACUCAUAUAUCAAACAUUCCCACCUUUUCGAAAAAUCUUCAUCAAGCCUGAUAUACGCUAAAAGUACGGGUACAUUAAGAACAUACCAAAGUGCAGUUGCAUUUAUAUACGGGUUUCUACCUGUCACAAACAUUUCUAGCUUCAAUAUAGACUACUCGGAAGAUUUACACUUUUGUUCAAAGAAAUAUUCCAUGAAGGUGACCUGUAGUUGUCCACAUACACGAGAUUUAUUUGCGCGCUCCAAGAGGUUUCAAAGCGCAAUAAGUAAAAAUAGUCCGUACUAUAGGACACUUCGUGAGUUUUACACUCUUUUUGGUAUUGACGACAACGAUUUAAUAUUGCUGGCGGGUAUUGCGGAUGCUUUAGUUCCUACCUAUUGCCACAACUUGACAAUUCCUUGUUCAACAUUUAAUUCAUCAAAAUGUGUUGAUCAUAGUUUACUAGGUACAAUAUGGGACGCCGUUACUUACAAAGAGUUUUCAAAAUGGGAUGACCCGGAUUUGAACUUUCUGAAAUACAGCAGUAUAAAGAUGACCCCAGUUUUGCUUGAAGUGGUCGACAGAAUUAAAGAACUAAUAGAAAACAAUGGCAAAUCGACAUUUAUUCUAUACUCUGGCCACGAUGUUACAAUAUCACCCUUACUUUACGUUUUAGGUCUGCAUGACGGAAGAUGGCCGCCAUAUGCGUCACGCGUUGUCAUGGAGUUAUAUGAAAAAGAAAAUGAAGAUACGAAUAACAAAUUUUAUCUGAAGUUUUUGUAUAAUGGUUUUGACAAAACUGAGAAAGUUGUUUUCUGUAAGAACAGAACGCUGAAUGGCCUCUGUAAUUUUAAAUUGUUUACCGAUUUUAUAUCACGCGAAUUGUUGAACAGGUUUGGCUAUGUAAGUUAUGCUGACGCGUGUUUACGAUGAAAUGCUACAUUUGUUACCAUUAGCUACUGUAAUACGUUUGCUCUUUGCAGUAAAUUAGCAUACCGUGAUAAAAUAUGUGAUAUAACACGGUUAUUAUAACAGUAGCUUGAUCUGGGAUGCUGUAUUCGGCUCUAGUUGAUUUUGUCAGAUCGAAUUACACAGAGUGUACAAGCGCCGAGUGUGAUCCGGCGAGAACCAAAUACAUCGUCUCCAAUCAAGGUACUAUUAUUUUUGAUGUGAACACAAAGCCUAUUGAUGUUAAGACGCACCACAGAAUAACUGUAUUCCUAUGUAUAUCUGUGAUGGUAAUUUUGCAUGAUUUGCUUGGGGGAAAAUGAGAAUUACAAGUAUGUAGGCCUACAUGUAGUUACAAACUAAGGGUGAUACAUUGUAUUUAUUGGUUGCGUUUUAUGUUUAAACAUUUUAUUGAAUGAAUGUAGUAUUCUGCGCAGUAUUUGAUGUAUUAAGGUCAGUUUAUACUACACUUUGUUUUACAAGUUAAGCUAGUUGUGUAGCGUAGCCGCUCCAUAAGUCCUCUUGAUAAAUAACUCAAUACACUGUUUUUUUGUUUCUGUCUAGUUUAUUUUCCGUCACCAAUAGUAUAACUUCUAACUGACAGAGCUAACAAAAUUCCAUCUAGCACAAAUAAGCCUUUAAGCAUUUCAUAACUCUCUGUCUCCUCAGGCUGUGCGCAGCGCAAGGCAUUUAAGCCCUGGCCGGCUUCCGAGCCACUACGUGGUUGCUGUGUGAGCGGGCGUCCCCUUUCAGCUAAGUCCAACAAUACACAUUUUGUCUCCAUAUUUAUAUAGAUUGGUCAAAUACAUCUUUUACAUAAGCAAAAUUAAUGAAUUCUGGUACAAACUGAAAGUAAUAAACAAUAAAAAGAUUUCUCGUAAAAUAUAAAUAAAUUGUCACUCAAGUUACACCCAAUGUCCAUCACGUUACUGCAAUAUAACACUUGUAUGACCCGACUAAUAACUUUAGAUGCAUUUAAUGUGCACUUCGUGAAAACAAAAAACAUGUUUUUCUAUAUGACGCACUAAUUAACCUGGAUCUUAACCUGUUUAGUCUCGCCUUUUUGUAAGAAAAGUGUUUCUUAACUUAUGAAAAAAUAAAAGGAGAGUGUGUUUUCUUUCAACAAAAAGAAAUUAUAUCAAUUUCUUUACAGUUGUUUAUCUAUUUAUCUGUAAUUGUUUGGGUGCAGACGUAUUGAGCUCUCGGCCGUCGGGCCAAUAAAGUCUUUGUUUGAAUGACAAGUUAUCUUUCAAUAGACUGGAAAGCUAAAUUUAUAAGGCAUCCUUUGAUUUGAUGAUACCGCAUGAAAAAUGUUAAUGAAAUACUUUAGUGUUUUCAGGUUUGCAAGAAAAGUGUUAUAUUUAAAUUAUGCAACUCAAAUGUUUCCGACUUAAAGCUGAUAACGCCUUUAUGUAGUGCAAUAACGUUGUUUUAUUUCUGUCUAUAAAACACUGUAACGUUGCACGCAAUUAUUGAUUGCACACGACACUACUGUAUUCGUGCACGCGACACUACUGUAUUCGUCUUCAUUUUUUUUGAUGGGGUUAAAGUCGCACUGACACAAUUGUAGGUCAUAUGGCGACUUUCCAGCUUUUGGUGGCGGAGGAAGACCCCAUGUGUCCCAACGUGCAUUAUCCAGUGUCAGUCCAGAGGUCCGGGUUCGAAUCCCGGUCCAGGCACUGGAAAUGUCUGUGCUAUACACCGGGCACGUUAAAGAACCAGACUGUCUAUUCGAAAAAAAGAGCUAGGCUAAGUUCUAUCGGUCUGUUCUGGGGGCUUUAUCUCACUCUGUCCCCCUGGUCAGAUCGCUCUCUGUCUGUACUAGUAGAGGAUGAUUUCGCGCCCUGUGUGGCUGCAGUAUAUGUAAAGCGCCUUUGAAUGUGUUUAUCAUGAAAAGGGCGCUAUAUAAAUCUGGUAUAAUAAGAAUAAAAAAUAAUUAUUUCAUCACGAGCGGGCACCUGGGUAGAACCACCGACCUUCCUUAAGAUGGCUUCCUCACACGAAGAAUUCAACGCCCCAACGAUCGAACUGAUCUCCUUCAAAAUAAUUUACAAGAUGACCCAUUGAAAGACGACCUUUUGCACCAUCUCUACUAGUUACGUCAGUAUCAGCUGCAAUUCUUGUGUAUUUCAUCUCUAUAUUGAUGAUAUAAUCUUGUAAUAAAGAUUACUUUUAUUGACUGACAAGAAUUUAUCAUUUUAUUUUUGAGCGAAACCAUAUCGUCACUGUCUGUCAUACGGAAUUAAGUAAAAAAAAAAAUGUGGAAAAUUUCGAAACCUUAUACCCCAAUACUUUUUUCAACAUUGAUUUGUUGUGUAGUUAUUUAUACAUGGAAAAGAGAUGUACUUAAAUAUACAGCGGAUUAUAGCAGAAGCAAAAAGUGCAAUAAGAUUUUAUGGGAUAAAAAUGAGUUUAGAGAAUUUAUUUCAAAUGGACGUACUAUCAAAAUUGUCGCAAAUACGCCGAAAUAUCGGAACAAUUCUUGUCAGCAGUUUAUUGCGUUAAAUUCACCGGGCGGAAGGACUGGUAAUCAGCUAUUUCAGAUUGCUGCUUUGUUUGGAAUAGCUUUUGAUUACGACCUUGUUCCAAUAGUUAAGCCUUCGUUUCCUUUACUGAAAUAUUUUGAUUUGCCAAACGUAUCUGGUGUGAAAUUAAAAAACUCGACCACAUGUGCACCACAGUUUCCUGGAAUCUUUCACGACUGUUUUAACAGUACUGAAACGGAUACCGUUCUAAAUAUGACUAUUCAUGGAUUUUUCCAGUCCUGGAAAUAUUUCAAAAAUAGUGAGGACAGGAUAAGAACAAUUUUAAAAAUCAGACCAGAAUAUUUGCAAACUGCGAAGUUAUUUUUAGAGGAUAACAAUAAAGAUGGACUCAAAAAUAUCUGUAUUCACGUAAGGAGGGGAGAUAUGGCUCGCGAAUUUUAUGUUAAAAGAGGUUUCGCAGUAGUUGAUAUCAAUUUCAUUAAUAAAGCUAUUCAAUUUUGCGAGGUCAAAUUCAAGCGCGCACUUUUCUUUGUGUUAAGCAAUGAUAUUAGGUGGUGCAAGCAAAAUAUCAAGCGCACCGUUGUUUUCAGCAAUUUUACAGAUCCUGGUCAUGAUCUAGCCCUUAUGACAUUGUGUGAUCACGUUGUCGUAACUUCCGGUACUUUUGGUUGGUGGGGUGCAUGGCUUUCGAAAGGAACGGCUGUUUAUUUCAGUGGCUUUCCAAGACCAGGAUCUCAACAAGAUACACGGUUUUCACGCGAAGAUUAUUAUCCAUCCGGCUGGAUUGGGCUAUCGUAAACUGCAAGUAUACAUGAGACCACCCGGCCACAAUUACAAGUUCAGAGUUCUUAAGUUCAGUUCAAGGCAAGAGUAUGCUCCGUGUCAAUUUGGCCGGUGACAGCACGUCCGCAAUCGUUUUUGUCAUGACGUUAUAUAACGAAAUUAGAUGCUUGUAAAUUUUAGACAUUUAUAUAUGUUUUUGUGAUUUGUCAAAAUAUUGUAAUGAAAUAAUACCCUUUUUGUUGAAAUUUCAACGUGUUGUUGCCAAUAUACUUGUUACUGUAU